AUGCAGAAAUCGCCUGACUUUAUCCACAGUACAAACUGCCUGCAGAACGGCAAGGACUGCGUGUACCCUGGACCCGAUCCAGAUCCGGAGUCUCAGUCCGAAGCAUGGUCAGAGUCCCGGUCCGAGGCCGACUCGGCACUGAUCCCGGUUGAGGAGUCGGCGCGGCUUGUCAACGUCCUGUCUCAACAACCGUUCGCCGGGUUUUCAGGUGACUACCAGCUUUCGGAUAUGUCGCAGUGGCUUUUCCACCAAUUUUCCAAUUUCUACGUUAGAGGACAAACCCCGGUGGAAAGAGGGCAGAACCUCUGCAGUCUGCAGCGCACAGUACUGCACCCAGGACUUCUUCAUGGCUGCUUGGUUGUCGCGGCCUGUCAGUGGGCAUGGGUUACUGGAUCCCUUGAGCAUGUCAAGGUGCCCUUUCUCUAUCACAAGGCAGCAGCCUACGAGUUCGCCAAGAAACAACUGUCAGAGGCUGAGAACCCCGUCAGUGACACGGCGGUCUUCGCCAUAGCGACGCUGGCACUCACCGAGGGCGCCGUGGGCGAUCUAGAUGCUUCUUCCAAGCAUCUGCGGGGCCUGCAUAGGUUGACGCUCAGAAAAAAUGGAUACAACCUGAUGAGGUCAAAUCUAGCACAACAGAUGCUGGCGAUGGCAGGCGAUCGUUUGCGCCGGGGCGAAGUUCAUGUCAUACACGACGCCAUCAGUGCCGAUUUCCAGCCAAGCAUCAUUGCCUUGCUUUUCACGUCGUUAUGGGAUAUGGAGAGCCUACCCCCAAGGCAGGCCCCGAAAUACGGCUGGUGGGAAGAAGCUGAGACCCCAACAGACUUCCUUUGGCAAGACUAUACCAAGAAUCUGAACUGGGAGCUAUCUCGUGGCUUCGACCCCGAGCGCAACAUCGCCACAAUGUUGAAUGGCGAUCCGAAGAGUAGUCGAGCGAGCUACAUCGCGACUUUCUUCUACCUCGUGAUGGCCGUCAACGACAGCGAAAUGGAUUGCGUUUUGACCGUUUGGCUGCUUGAGCAGCUGAUAGAUGACGUAUGCGACAAAGAGGCGGAGAUGAUAUCUGGUUCCUUCAGCAGAAGCUUGUGGUUCUGGAGUGUUCUGUUUGGCGCAGCUAUAGCCAAUUCGGGACGCCCUAUCACAGAUACCGGCAGACAGCAACUGGCGAAGUGGAAGGCUGUGUACGCCGCAAAACUAGGGCUCGUAAGCUCUGUAUUGGAUCUCAAAAAUUGGCAAUCGGCCAAGAUGGCUCUGGCCGAGGUCGCCUGGUCUGAAGGGUCGGAUGCUGAGAGCAGACUGCGAAACAUAUGGGAAGACGCAACAUCGAACCGAUACGAGAGCAAAAACGUCCUCGACAUCAGCGGCCGGGGUACUGUAUGA